ACCACACCCACACCCUCCUCCCAUCUCACGCAUGCGCAGUGUUUUGAAAUGCAACACUAGUUUCUUGCUAAGUUUGUGUGGCUGUAAACCGGCUCCGCGGUCUGUUGGACCGAUUCUUCGUCCUCUCCGGACAGAAUCCACAGUGGCCGGGCUUUAAAGUGAGAUGCAAGCUGCUAGAAAAAUCAUGAAGGUUUUCGUGACUCGACGGCUCCCGCAGGAGGGAAUGAAGAUCCUGUCAGCGGCCCCUGAGUGUGAGGUGUCUGUGUGGGACUCAGACGAACCUGUGCCGAGAGAAGAGCUCCUGAAAGGCGUACAGAAGGCUCACGGCCUUGUGUGUCUGUUGUCAGAAAAGAUCGAUGCUGAGGUCCUGGAUGCUGCAGGGCCAAACUUGAAAGUAAUCAGCACCAUGUCUGUGGGAUUUGACCACAUGGCUCUUGAUGAGAUCAAAAAACGUGGCAUACGUGUUGGAUACACUCCAGACGUGCUGACUGAUGCCACAGCAGAACUCACUGUAGCCCUGCUGCUGGCCACGGCUCGCAGAUUACCAGAGGGAGUGGAGGAGGUCAAAAAUGGUGGCUGGAGCUCGUGGAAGCCUCUCUGGCUCUGUGGUUAUGGUCUCUCUGGCAGCACAGUAGGAGUCAUCGGACUUGGACGCAUUGGUUUGGCCAUUGCUCAGAGACUCAUGCCUUUUGGAGUGAAGAGGCUGCUGUACUCUGGGAGAACAGCAAAGCCCCACGCAGCAGAGGUCAAAGGAGAGUUUGUUCCCAUGGACACACUUGUGUCCGAGAGCGACUUCAUCGUUGUUUCCUGCUCCCUGACUCCAGAAACCCAGGGUCUUUGUGACAAGGCCUUCUUCAGUAAGAUGAAGAAAACUGCAGUCUUCAUCAACUCAAGCAGGGGGGCUGUGGUGAACCAGGAGGAUCUGUUUGAGGCUUUGAGCAGUGGACAGAUAGCUGCAGCUGGAUUAGAUGUCACAACACCUGAGCCACUCCCAACAAAUCAUCCACUUCUUACACUGAAAAACUGUGUGGUGUUGCCACACAUCGGCAGCGCCACCUACUCCACAAGAGGCGUCAUGUCAGCCUUGGUAGCACGAAACCUGCUGGGUGGCUUACAGGACACACAAAUGCCCAGUGAACUCACCUUCUAGACUGCAACGGAGCCGCCGUGCGCUCCUCUGGGGCUGCACACAUUUCACGUCAGGAAACGAUGAUGCACUGACCUUACAGCGCUCUCUAAUGUGAGCAAAAACAAUAAUAAGAAUACUAACGUAGUUCAGAUACACGUUUUCAUGAUGUCAAAGUGAACUUUGAUUAUAAUUUGCAUUGGAAGGAAGGAAACGUUUGAUUUAUCCUUAUCUUUUUAACCAUAGUCCUUAUCAAAGCACACUAAAGAUGCCUGUGCUUACAUUAAAUGACAUUAGAUAAUUAAAUACAGAAUCAGUGGUAAGUUUUCUCAAUUUAAAUUAAUGACAAUGUCAUAAAGAUCAGUCAUGUACUUGUUGUCUGCACUUUAGUUUAUUAUGAUGAUGCUCCUUGUCUACUGUUGGUAAACAUGGCAACACUCCAGUUCUGUGUCAAAUGAAAUUCACUCUAUUGAAUAAAAAAAAACAAAUUUCAUAUUAA